AGUCUGAAUCUUUGUGAUCAGGGUGUUUGGGGCGAGCUAAUUCGCCCCGGGCUAUAAGGAAAAACCUUGACGGAUGUGCCGGUGCUGCCCAGGUGGUCGCACGAAUCGUGGAUGUUGAUCGCCGGCGAAGAGCAUGUGACCCUCUGAGAAAACCAACAAUAUAUGCGGUGUCGAGGAGAACGACGAAACUGUUCUCAAACACUCAUCUCCUUUUCGUUAUUUCCCUUUGCUAAUAGCCUCCACAAGUCGGUUCCCAGACGCCCAUCUCCCAGCCACAAGCUAUCUCAAGAAGAUGAUCCGCGCCCACCCGUCGAAUCCGAACAUCCACAGCUUAUAAUCUCAUCAAGUCUACUCAUCCAUUAUCGUAAUCCUAGAUUGCUGCUCCACAUCGCGCCACGCCUAAUCGUCAUGUCGUCCUCCUCUGUACCAUUUUACGCUUUGGACCACUGGUUCCGUCAACGGCGAGCGCUUCCAGCUCAGAGAAGUGCAUAUGCCUGGGCUAGGAGUCACUCGGUCUAUGGCUCGUCCCCAUCCUCGUCGUCUGAGGAUCUUUUGGAACUCAGUGCCCCCAUGAUUACAAAACAUGACCACAGUACACCGAGCUAUGCCUCGGCCACACGAGCCUCACAGAUGCGACUCCCAUACGACGUUUGGAGGCUCUUCAUCCAUCACCUCGAUUUCGAUUCACUGAGGACCGUCAGCUGCCUGAAGCUUGUUCUUACGUCGACGCCGCCACUUCUGUCAUUCUCGCCCGUGGUCGGACGGCGUUCGUACAAGACCUCGGAAUCGAGAUCGGAUCGUCGUUAGGAACCGAUGGCGAUCCUGCAUGCGAGAGGGCUUUAGAUUCCAUUGUGACCGUUUUGAAGGGAGUCAGGGGCGCGAGAUCGUUAAGGCUCAGUAUGCACCACCAUCAUCGGAGAAUCGUACAAGCUUUGUCAGGGAUCGGGAAUUCGUUUACCGGGGGUUUGCCGAACAUCCCCACCACUGCACUGGAUCCCAGAUUUCAUCUCGAAGUGAAUGAUAUCCAUCUGUUAUGGCGGCCUGGGGCAACGAUGGGGAUAGUGAGUUCUAGUUCGGGUUGG